GUUGUCUCGAUGGAAACAAAUCGUCCUCGCUUCACUGCACCCACCCCGGAGUCUCUAUCGAACGCUUGCAAACAUGUAGACUUUCAACUCGGCAAUGACAUGCAGUAUCCGGACCUCACAGCUCAACUGGGCGUCCAAUCAGACAGCGCUGUCACUCUUAGUGGUUUACGAGACUUUGAUUAUCCUUCAUUUUCAACUCAACCCAGUCUUCAGAGUCUCAAAUCUUUACAACACGUUGGUGAUAUCAAAAAGACUCCUCUUCCUCAUGAACUGCUUGAACAGUUUAAACAUAUGCAGUGUAGCUGCUAUAUGGGUCUGUUUCCAAAGAUUGGUAGAGCAUGGUUGACUAUUGACAGCGAUGUUUUUAUAUGGAACUAUGAGGAUGGGAGUGAUCUUGCAUAUUUUGAUGGAAUGAACGAAGCUAUACUUUGUGUUGGUCUUGUCGCACCCAAGCCUGGCAUAUUCCAAAGUCAUAUCAAGUAUCUUUUGUGUUUGGCAACUGCAGUGGAGAUUGUAUUGCUUGGUGUCAGCUUUUCUGGUUCAGGUAUGAAUGUCAUUGGUGAGAUGCACCUUCAACCAGAUCCUUUAUACACUUUUCAGUCAGAUGGAGUUCACAUUAAAUUAAUUGAAUCUACAGAAAGUGGACGAAUAUUUCUGGCUGGAGGUGAUGGUUGUCUCUAUGAGAUAUACUACCAGGCUCAUGAGAGCUGGUUCUCUUCACGAUGUAAGCUGAUUAAUCAUUCAACUAGCAAACUCUCUUUUUUGUUGCCAUCGUUUCUUUCAUUUGGUGAUGAGGAUUCUUUAGUUGAAAUAACAAUUGAUGGAUCAAGAAACAUUUUGUACACACGGUCAACAUCUGGAAUCAUUCAGGUAUUUGAUUUAGGCUUUCAUGGACAAGAUUUGAAAAAAGUGACAUUAAUUAGGCAAGAGGACAUUGCAAGAAAGGCUGCAGUGGCAGCAAGGACAAUGGAUGAGACAUUAUUCAAGCCUAUUAUUCACAUCAGCGCGGUUACUACGAGUGAUUCUCCCUUUCUGCACUUAGUUGCUGUUUCACAAGCAGGUGUGCGUUUAUACUUCACAACUUGUGCUCUCCAGCCUGGUGCUGCUGUCAACCCAACUGCCAGACCAGUGCACAUUGCUCUUGUCCACUGUCGGAUGCCACCCGGAUACUCUCCAUCUACAGCAACUAACAAGCCUACCAACAUCCAUGCUGCAUUCUACAAGCAAGGAACACUCUUGCUAGCUUCAGCUCAAACUGAAGACGUGGACAGUCUUUGGUGGAUCCAUUCUGACACAUUUCCAGUUGUUCCUAAUCAGAAUAUCCUUCAUGAGUCACAGAUGUCUCUUAAUUUGGGUGGACGGACGAUGGCUAUUGCUGAGAUUCCCACUCAUCCAAGGCAUGUCAGUCUAAUGGCACCAGUAGGAAGAGCUGCUGUGCCUGUUAUUACAUCUCAGCAUGUCAUGCCACAUCGACAAGUUGUUCUUCUGAGCACUCAGGGCACUUGUUUGUGUACUCAAAUGAGGCCUGUUGAGCAGCUCAGGCAGAUUCUCAAUGCUGCUCGUGGAGCUGACUCGGAUGUAGUGCAAGGUUUUUUCCAGUUGCACAAGCCUGAUCAAGCAUGUGCAAUGUGCCUUGUUCUUGCAACAUCGACAGCUCCAGCUGAUCAGCAAAUCGCCCAAUGGGCAACAUUAGCUUUCUUUCGCUAUGGUGGAGAGCCUCGUCUUCUUUUCACACCUCCUACUACUGUUGGUCCAGCAGGAAUACAGCAGCAGCAGCAACAACAACUGCAACAGCAGCAGCAACAAUUUUCCAACGUUCUACAACAAACAGAUCAAACGCUUAGUGUAAAUCAGCUGCAAUCUCCAUCUCAUGGUGCAUUGGGUCGUGCUGUCAGUCGCCCAGACGUUGCGUUUUCUGGAAAGCACAAUGGACUGUGCCUUUACUUUGGUCGCUUAGUUGCGCCAUUGUGGGAAAAUACCAUUGUGUCCAAUCAGAGUGCAAGUAAUUUGACUGCAGAUCUGACAAGUAGGUUCACACUAGAAGAUUUACAGACAUUCUCAGACAAGGCGACAGGAUUAAGAGCCUUUCUAGAGAGAAAUCAGCAAUUUGUUACAUUUCACGUAGAGCAAGGAGCUGCUGCAUCACCAGGAAACUUGCAGAGACGGCUGCUGCAAUUUAUGUCACCACAGCAACAGACAGGAGGAGACGGAACAUUAGAACCAAUAGGAGUAGCAAUGCAGAGGAAACAUCAAGCUGAGACGUUCGCACUUGAGCGAAACUCGUUAGCAAACAUCGUUCUGCUGGUACAACGGACAAUAGAAUCCUUGUCAUUGUGGCACGUGAUUUGUGAACAUAGUUUCACGACGGUUGCAAGCAAACUGCAGCAGGCUGAGAAAGAUUUACUGAGGCGCAUCAUGUUUAAAGAUUUUGUUGUUGGUGGGCAGCAGUUGUGUGAUGCUCUUAUACAAUGCCUCAUGGGACAAUACAUCAGUGACAGACUUGCUACAGACAACAUUAGUAGACGGAUGAGAGAGCUGUGCCCAACUCUCUUUAGUCAGGAUGAUGCGGCACGGACAAAGGCUACUGAAAUGCUAGCUCUUGCUAAAGCUACAGAGAAUAUACAUGAGAAGAAACGACUGUUGGAAGAGUCACUACAGUUGUUCAGUCAGGUUUCACAUCGAAUUGAUCUCUCUACUGUGUGCAAACAAUAUGCAGAUGUUGGCUUUUACGUGGGUGUGUUGGAUUUGAGUUUAUGUGCAGCAGAGAAAAGAGAUCCACAGGGGUUAGCUCUUCAUCAUUAUAAAUGGAGGCAACCUGCUGAUGACAUACCUGGUGCAAUUGCAUUGACUGAAAGGAAUCGUUGCUAUUCUUGUGUCAUGUCAUACUUCCAAUCACUUCUUGUUACAAGUCGCCAGGUGCCCUCGAUAUCUGUACUUCCAAGGUCACAAGGUAGUCAGGCAGUACAACAGGCACCUGCUCCAUCUACCCAAGCUGCAGAAACUCUUGAAUCUGCUCUCCAACAUGCUCUGAAAAGUGGAGAUGAAUUGUUCCAUGUUGCUAUCUAUGACUGGCAUCUUAAUGCACAAAUUGAGGACAAACUACUGGAAGUCCAGUCUCCAUUUAUAGAAGCUUAUCUGAAACAAACAGCUUUGUCUCAGUCAAUUAGCAGCUUGACAAUAAUGGAUCUUUUAUGGAAGUAUUACGAAAGAAAUCAGGACUUUUUAGCUGCUGCGAGAAUUCUCUCCAAAUUGUCAGAAAGAGCAUCCAGGAUGUCUGAGAGUGCAGAGCUACCUGAGCUUCAGCUGCGGCAGCGUGUUGAGUAUUUGUCUCGAGCAGUCAUGUGUGCUAAAAGUGUUAGUGUGAGGACAAAAACACCCGAUCAGGGAGAUUUCUUGCAUGAACUGGAAGAGAAAUUAGAGGUGGCAGGCCUUCAGCUUCAGCUGCAGCAAGUACUGGAACAGAAAGCUGCAUCAGCAGAUUCUGAAGAAGUCACUCAUGCUAUUUCACUUUUAGACAGUCAGCUCAUGGACAUCACUAAGUUGUAUGAAGAAUUUGCUGACAAGUUUGACUUGUCAGAAUGCAAACUGGCAAUCGUUCACUGUGCUGGCCAUUAUGAUCCAACUCUUAUAGAGUCACUGUGGACAGACAUUAUUCUUGAAGAAUUGAACCAUUCCCAGCACAGUGACCCGCCGUCAAGAAUGGAAGCAAUGCGAUCUAAGCUGCUGGAAUUUGGUCAAAAAUACUCCCAGUCUGAACGUUUCUUUCCGAUUCCUGUUCUUAUAAAGCAGCUUGAACAACACAGUUGCCAAUUGUCUUGGGAACCAUCCUGGCUGUUUAGCACAUUCUUGACAUUGGGUGUGUCAUUAGUACAACUGCAUACAGUAUAUGAUACACUUUUCAAGUCGAAGGAUCCAUGUUGGCAAUCAUAUGGUAAACCUCAUCAUAUUCUCAAGGUGUUGCACUUGUUGCUUAGCUCGUUUGCUAGCAAUCCAGCCGUCUUGCACACAUUUCAGAGACAAUCCUUUUUGACGCGAUCUCUUGAUUCCAUUGCAACUUAUCUGGUGGAACUGGAGAGUGUGCCUUCGAAUUCUUCUGACCAUCAAGUCCAGCAAACACUUCGGGAUUUCAAGGCGCUUCAAAGACGGCUUCAACGAGGACUUUAGCGUAUUUGUACAUUAGGGCGUACAUUUCAUUGUAACUGCAUGACUUGACCAGUAAGCUAAAAUGAUGCAAACUUCCACAUUGAUUUAAAUUGAUCAC